GAAAAAAAAAUAUAAAGGAGGAAAACUAUUUAAUAGUCUUGUUCUUAUCUCAUUUAUCAACGGAACUUCUUUUUCCUUGUCAUUUUCCCUUUCUUUUUCCGUUUGCUUGAAUUUUUAUUAUUUAAUGUGUUGAUAUUCUUAAUUUUUUUUCAUUGUUUUUUUUAUUAUUUUUUCAUGCCCAUCAUUGCCUUGUACUAAACCCUUCCCCAAUCACCACCCCCCAAAAAAAAGAAGAAACCCAAAAUUUCGAUUACCAUGCCUACCGCAACUACCCUUGCUUGGAUUUUAACCGAAGAGGAUCCUAUCCCACGUUCGUCUUCACCCGAGUGCUUGGAACCCACCGAUUGUCCCGGUCUUUCACCUUCCGUAUCCACUCGAGCUUCGUCUUCUCAUGAUGCCCCAGUAGCGGGGGGUAGUACCAGUAGUUGUUCGUCCGUCUCAACAUUGAAUCCACCACCAUCUACUAUUAUGCACUCGGGGCCCGCCAAAGCGACGCCCAUUCCACCGGCAUCGAAAAAGUCGGUGAGCUCCAUGCUUAGCAUUGGUAGUUCAUCUCCCAACAUUCGUUCCGGAUUGAAGAUGACGCCCAUGGAAGACUCGGAACUCCCGGCGCCCAACAGUGUGUUGAGCGAUAAAAGUCGACGAAGCAGUAGCAGUGCCAGCAGUUUUCGCAGUUUUAGCUCGGCGGGCAGUUCAGCCAGCAAGCUGAGCCGGUCAUUUUCUCAGCUGUUUUCUCGCAAGCCAUCGUCGUCGUCGACAGCUGAUAAUAGUUGCCACGUGCCCAAACUGGUCGACAAGUAUGGCGACUAUGUCAAGCCUGAGCGGAAUAAGUCGACAAAAGGCAUGGGAUCCACUUCCAAGAAGAAUAUUGCCAGUGGUGCGACCGCCGUGAUCCGGCUCGUACGACAACGACGAGAUGGUCGAAUCCUUGCCGUGAAAGAAUUUAGAAAACGUGACAAAACCGAAGCCGAACGUGAUUAUCUUAAACGCAUGCAGAACGAAUAUUGUAUCAGCAAGUCCGUUUCCGACCAUCCCAACGUGGUUGAAACUAUGGAUCUCGUCAAAGAUGAACGCAAUCGCUGGUGUACCGUUAUGGAAUACUGUGCAGGAGGUGAUGUUUUCAAUUUGCUUCAAGAACGUGGAACGAUGACGGUGGAAGAACAAUCGUGUUUGUUCAAACAACUGUUGCAAGGUCUUGGUCAUUUGCAUCAGCUGGGCAUUGCUCACCGGGAUAUCAAGCCUGAAAACCUUGUGUUGACCACAGGCGGGACACUCAAGAUUGCCGAUUUUGGUGUGGCCGACGUUUUCCAGACGUGCUUCGAAUCCGAGUCACGACCGUCAUAUAAAUGGUGUGGUUCGGAACCCUUCUGGUCGCCUGAAAUGUGGUCGCUUCUUGAUGAGACGUCGCCAUAUGAUGGUCGAGCUCUGGAUGUUUGGAGCGCCGCCAUUACGUAUUUCUGCAUCCGAUUCCAGCGGUUACCGUUUGGUAAUUCUUUCUACACAGGCACCCCACGAUCUCCUCCCAAGGGCGCUACUCGUGGUUCGCCUGCCGCGGUUUCGGCUCAAGCCCCCGAUGGUGGCGAUCGUGACUAUGGCCAGUACGAACGGCAAAGAAAAACCCUUGGCCCUCACCAUUGCGAUAUCUGGCAAGGAUUGUCCAAAGACGAAAUCGAAUGUUUGGCUGGUAUGUUGGAUCCCAAUCCCAAGACGCGCUGGUCCGUUCAACAAGCUCUCGAAUCACAAUGGAUGACCAAUACCGAAGUGUGCCAAGAUGGAGCUCUUCCCAAUGGCUGGCGUCAUUAUCAUUGUAUUCGUAACAAAUAGAGUUUUUUUUUUUUUUUGUUUCCCUUUUUUAUCCCUCCCUCUGCUUUCUUUCGAUCCUUUUUUUU